AUGGCGGAAGGAGGUACAGGCCACAAGCUCACCUAUGCCACAACGGUGGUGUCGGGCGUUGCAUCCAUCGUCGCAACCCUCAUGUCCAUGGUCUCCAUCUGGCUCCAGUCGAAGAACUAUCGCAAACCACUACUGCAACGCUAUGUCGUCCGCAUCCUCCUCAUGGUACCCAUAUACUCGAUCUCGUCAUGGACGAGCAUGGUUUCUCUAAACGCGGCCGCCUUUCUCGAUCCCAUCCGCGACAUGUACGAAGCCUUCACCAUCUACACCUUCUUCCAGCUCCUCAUCAACUACCUGGGCGGGGAGCGGUCGCUUAUCAACAUGACCCACGGAAGAGCCCCCGUCCAGCACGUCUGGCCUCUUAACCAGGUGCUGCCCAAGGUCGAUAUUUCCGACCCGUAUACAUUCCUAUCGAUCAAGCGUGGUAUCUUGCAAUAUGCGUGGCUGAAACCCAUUCUCGCACUUGCCGCCAUCAUCAUGAAGGCCACUGGCACAUAUCAGGAAGGCUAUAUUGCAGCUACCUCUGGCUAUUUCUGGAGUGGCAUCAUCUACAACGUCAGUGUCACUGUCAGCUUGUACUCUCUGGGCCUUUUCUGGGUCUGCAUGCACCACGACUUGACGCCCUUCAGGCCCAUGCCCAAGUUCCUGUGCAUCAAGCUCAUCAUCUUUGCCUCCUACUGGCAAGGCUUCUUCCUGUCCAUCUUAGUCUGGCUGGGUGCAAUCCCCGAUGAUGUGCCGGAGUAUACCCCGGACAACAUUGCUGCUGCCAUCCAGGAUGCCCUCAUCUGUAUCGAGAUGCCCAUGUUCGCCGUCGCCCAUUGGUACGCCUUCUCAUGGCAUGACUUUGCUGAUAACAACAUAUCAUCGGCAAGACUUCCCGUCGUCCAUGCUUUCCGCGAUGCCUUUGGCAUUCGGGACCUCAUUGAAGAUUCUAAGGAGACAUUCAGGGGUGACAACUAUGGCUACCGUAUUUUCGACUCCGGAGACAAGGUCAUGGCCCACGAGGACUCCAAGUCCCGCCUGGCGAGGCUCCGUGAAGGCAUGCGGUAUGAGCGAGGAGGCAAAGGGAAGUACUGGAUUCCCAAGCCUGGUGAGACGAGUACGACGACGCCGCUCCUGGGGUCCGGCAAUGGGGCUGCAGGAUCCAGUAGAAGCGCUCCGCUGGACUAUUCCAAUGAUAGCAUCCACGGGACCUUUGAUGAGCCUGUGUUAGACCCAGAGGAGGAUCGCAUGUAUGAUGCUGCGCGAGAGUUGGAAUACGGUGAUUGGAAUUACCCCGUCAUCACGGCCAAUGAACCUCUAGGGGAACGCUACCUGUCGUCUGCAGGAAAUUUUGGUGUCAGAGCCCCCAGAUACCCAUCACCGCAGCUGCGGACUUCUACAACAAGAAAGACUCCCUCCCCAGGUUCACAGCUUGCCGGUGGUAGCUCUAAUUCUAUCACAGCUGUUCCGGUGAAGAAAAAGGCGAAGAAAAGCAAGCAAGCAAGCAGGAAGGUUGUCAAUGACGUCGUCACCAGUCCCAGUCCGAUUAUGGAGUCGCCAGCGUCACCGGCAUUGGCAUCCCCCUCCAUCGAAGAAGGCCCUUCAAUAGCCGAGGCCACGCCUUGGGCGUCAUCCGAACAGGUUCAGGCCGAAGAGGAAGAACGGAGUAACUACGGCGUAUCGGGAUACCAAGUGGCGAAUAGCGAUGAAUUCCGCAAUGUCUGGGGAGGAGAAGAGCCGACCAAGUAG